AUAUCCGUUUGUGUUGUGUUUUAUUUUAUGUUAUAAUAUUAUUGAUGUAAUAAGUAGUAAUAUUAUAGCGAGGACAUCAAAAGGCCUAAUUUCCGGUUUGGAACUUUUGGAUUACAAUAACAAUAUGUAUUACGCUUUCCAAUCAGUGCCUUAUGCUCAACCACCUCGAAAUUUACGUUUUCGUCCACCAAAAGAACCCCAACCUUGGUUAGGCAUUAAAGAUGGCACUAAAGCAUCACCAACUUGUCCACAAUCAUAUGGUACAUUGUUUCUUGGACAGGAAGAUUGUCUUUAUUUGAAUGUAUACACAAAAUCAUUAAACUCUUUGAAUUUACAACCAGUCCUUGCCUACAUUCAUGCAGGCGCUUUCUUUUUGGGAACCAGCUCCUUUUCGAAUGCAAAUCCAAAAUAUCUUAUCACUGAGAACAUUGUCAUUGUUACAAUCAACCAUCGUUUAUCAUCGCUUGGUUUCUUAACUCUAGACAACUCAUCAAUCGUUACACCUAAUAAUGGUUUUCGUGAUCAAAUCAUGGCUUUAGAAUGGAUACAGAAAAAUAUUAGAUAUUUUGGUGGUGAUCCCAAUGCUGUGACACUGAGUGGUGAAAGUGCAGGUGGUUUAUCCUCUCAUUUUCACUUAUAUUCACCGCUAUCAAAUGGUUUAUUUCAUAAAGUGAUUUCGAGGAGUUUAACAGCUCUUUCGCCGAAUGUUCAGUCAAUCCAACCAAACACCGCAGUAGAUUUAGCUGAAGCAUUAGGAAUCAAUACUGAUAAUCAUGUUAAAAUGGUUAAUCAAUUACAGAAUACUCCUAUAAAUGAUAUUUUAUCAGCCCAAACGAAGAUAAAUUGGAAUAAUUUCUGUUUAGAUAAACCAAUGUAUUCAGGUUUAUCAAUGGAAGACGAAAAAGACAAAACAAAAGUUUUAUUACUAAAUCAUUGA